AUGAGCGUUACAUUAAACUACGAAAUUAGCUACUUGAAUCCUAAGAUCGUAUUUGUUAGCGGUGGUCCUGGCUCUGGUAAGGGUACUCAAUGUGAAAGAUUAGUUAGAGAUUAUCAUUUUGAACAUAUUUCUGUAGGUGAUUUAGUCAGAGACGAAAUUAAAAGAGGUACACCAGAAGGACAAAAAUUCAAGGACGCUUCAGCAAAGGGUGAAUUGGUUCCAGAUCAUUUAGUUGUAGCUUUAAUCAUAAAAGCAAUAAAGAGCAGAAAAUCUUUUAGAUUUCUUAUUGAUGGUUUCCCUAGAAAUGUUGAAUAAGCAAAGAUGUUUGAAAUGAAGUUCAAGGAAAUAGAUUACAUUUUGAAUUUUGAGGUUCCUGAUGAAAUUCUUACAUCACGUCUUAUGGGAAGAGGUGCAAGCAGUGGAAGAGCUGAUGAUAACCCUGAAGCUAUUGCUACAAGACUUAGAGUUUUCCAUAAUGAAACAUAACCUGUGCUUGAUUUUUAUAAUCAUUUUGGUAAAGUAAAAACAAUGGAUGGCUCAAAAUCAGUUGAUGAAGUUUACAAAUAAGUUCAAGAAUAAAUUAAACCAAAUCUUAUUUUCAUGUAUGGACCUCCCUGUGUAGGUAAAACUGAAACUGCAAGGCGUUUAAGUGAAAAAAUUAAAUACCACUUUGUAAAUCUGGAAGCUUUCGAUAAACAACAUUAAGUUAAGAGUGAAACUGAUAGAAUUAACAAGCUUAUAAACUAUUUAUAAGAUGCUCCACACAAUAACUUUAUUAUUGAUUCUUUCUUUAAUAGUAAAAAUGAUGCUGAAGUUUUCCUUAAACAUUUCAGUUUACCAUUUAGAAUCUUUUAUUAUGAUUCUCCAAAGGAUGAAGUAAUGAACAACAUCUAGAAGUAUAUUUUGGAUGAAAAAGAAAGAAAAAGACAAAAAGAUCUUUAUGAGUAGUUCAUUAAGUGUCGUGGGGGAAUUCUUAGUUUGAUUUAGAACCAACCAUAUUUUGUUAAAGUCAAUUCUGUUGACACAAUUCCAAAUAUUAUCAAAUUCAUAUUAAAUAACAUUCGUCCUUUAGUUAUUUCUGCUUUUACAUACAAUAAUACUGAUCUUGCUUUGGAUUAUUGCGAUUAGUUAGAAAAAUAGCGUGAUUUCAUUUAUCUCGACGUCUCCGAACAAUGUUAAAGCGAAAUUGAAAGAGGUACUAAUCUUGGUGCCAAAAUGAAUGCCUUUGAGCAAUCAGGUAAAGAAAUUCCUCCUAAAUUUUAAGUUGAACUCUUAUAAAAAAUUCUAUUCGCAAAUCCUAAACAACGUCGUUUCAUAAUUACAAAGUUCCCUGAAAGAAAUAACUAAUUUGAGCACUUUGAAAGAGAAUUAUUCCCUAUCGACUACUUAAUUACUUUUUAUAUGCCUCAAUAGCAGGUUAAAUAUUACCACGAUAAUUCUCCCCUCCUUUAAUUCUUUGCAAAGGGUAAAUACAUCCACAUCGAUAGACUUGCAUUAGAUAUUGUUGAUGCUUACAUUAACGAGCGUUCUAACUACGGUUUUGUAUUAGGACCUUAAGCAUCUGGUAAAUCCUCUAUUGCUAAGUAUGUUGCAAGUAAGUUUGGAUACACUCUUAUUGACUGGGAAUAAACUUUUGAAUUUUUGAAGACCAAACUCGGUGGAGAAGAAGGUCCCCUUGAUGAGCUUACAUAUGAACAAGUUGAAAAAUACUUUGCUGAAACUCUCAAUCCUGCUAAAAAUCCCUCUAAAACUCUCUUCGAUGGUUGGCCAUCUGUUUAUAACUUUGCUUAGUUCUAGCAAUUCAUAAAAAAAUUAGGACUUCCAUCUUUAGGUAUUGACCUCUAAAUUAACAAAGAUAUCUACGUUAGACGUUAUAAAAUUAAGAAUGAAAUGGAUCCUGAAGCUGAAAUGUCUGAAGAAGACUAACAAAAGAUUGACGAUCUCCUUGCAAAUGCAAGCUAAUACACUCAAUUAAUAAGUUAAACUGCUGAAAGUAAUUUCGGAUUCACCUUAUACAAGCUUGAUGUUAAUCAUUCACUUGAAUCAACUACAAGAUACCUUAACAACAUCUUCUUUAAGAGAGUGUAUGUAGUUAAUGAUUAUACUACUCACCAUUAACAAGAAGUCAAAGAAGAAUAGAAACUUGUUUUCUUGAACUUCUGUGCCAAGACUAACACUACCUUUGUAGAUGUUCAAGAAAUUAUUAAGCUUAAUUACUGGCAAAAGACAUAUAAUCUUCAUGAUUAAGUAUAAAGCGAAUAUGCUAUGAGAUGGACUGAUCAAUAACCUACUUUCCCCUCUAAUUAUUCCCCAAAGCUCAUAAUACAAGCUAUCAGUAACUACUUAAAGACAUUGAAAAUUCCUUCAAGAGAUAUUUUGUUAUAUGGUUAUCCUUCUGGUGAUACUCCUGCUGAAAGAUCCUCCAAUGAAAGAUUCUACCCCAGAGCAUCUGAUGAAAUUUACAAUAUUGAAAAAGAAGUUGGACCUGUUAGAAUGGUUUUAGUUCUUACAGACAACAGACUUACUUGGUAGAUUAGUGAUGAAGCCCGUAAGUUGGAUCCCCCACCUGAGAAGCCAAAAAAAGCUGCAGAUGAAGAAGGUUAAGAAGAAGAACCUCCUGCUGAAGAAGAGGAAGAAGGCAAGCCCAAAUUUAACAUCUUUGACUAUGAAUGGACAACAACAAACGGUCUUCCUAAAACCAUCCCCUAAUGGUACAAUAAACUUAAAAAGACAUAAAAGAAACACUAUUCAAUUAAGUAUAAUGGAAGUUUAAAUACUUAUGAUAAGCUUUUAGAGUAUUUGAGACUUAUUAACGAAGAAAAUCCAGAAAAUAAGGCUGAAUAAGAAUACAGAAAGGUUAAUCUGUUUGUUUAAUUGAGAUAUGACGAAGUUCCUGAGCACGAAGAAAAUGAAGUAGAGCCUCCACGUGAAUAAUAUAAACAUAUAGUUCCAGAAGAGCCCAAAUUAAUUUUACCUGAAGAAGAAUUCCCUGAAGAAUAACAAGAAAAAGUUGAGCAAUAAGAAGAAGAGGAAGAAGAUAAUUGA